AUGGAACCAUUAAGAACAACUUUUGAUGAUUCCACAAUACAUUCCAUGUAUAAUGAUAUAAUGAACGGUUCUAGAGUGCUGUCAAUCCCACUUAUUAGAUGUGAUGAUCAAGUAUUUAAAUACAAUGGAAGUAUUAAACAGGAAAUCAUUGAUGAAACUGACCACCACAAUGAUUAUAGGCAAUCAUUACAAAAAGGAAUUAAAACUGAAGUAGAAAGAAACACAUUUGAUACCGAAAUUAAAGUAGAAAAAGAAUAUAUUGGAUUUUUUGAAUUUAAAGAAAUAGUUUCAAGCCAAAGCAACUCUUCGGAUUUUACUACCCGUAUGAAUUCGAACUUGACAUCAAACUGUUUCAGGCAAACUCCAUCGACUGACGACUGUGAUAAAGCAACUACAGCAUCCAAUUUAACUGUACAGAAAAGAAUACAUACCAAAGAAGAUCAGUAUAUCUGUGAUAUCUGUAAUCAAAUGUUUGCACGGAAAACAAAGUUAAUAACUCAUAUAAGGAUGCAUACCCUCAAAAACUCGUAUAAAUGUGAUAUUUGUGUAAAGGAGUUUUCUAAGGUAUCCUAUUUAACAAAGCAUAAGAGGACACAUAAUGGCAAAAAACCGUAUAAAUGUGAUAUUUGUGAUCGAAUGUUUACUUUACCAUGUAGUUUAUCUGUGCAUAAACGAACACAUACAGGCGAAAAACCGUAUAAAUGUGAUAUUUGUGGUAAGAGGUUUACUGUAUCAUCCAAUUUAUCUGCGCAUAGACGAAUACAUACCGGCGAAAAACCAUAUAAAUGCGAUAUCUGUGAUCGAAUGUUUACUGUAUUAUGUAGUUUAUCUGUGCAUAAACGAACACAUACAGGCGAAAAACCGUUUAAAUGUCAUAUUUGUGAUCGAACGUUUACUGUAUCAUGUAGUUUAUCUGUGCAUAAACGGAUACAUACCGGCGAAAAACCGUAUAAAUGUCAUAUUUGUGAUCGAGCGUUUACUGUAUUAUGUAGUUUAUCUGUGCAUAAACGGAUACAUACCGACGAAAAACCGUAUAAAUGUCAUAUUUGUGAUAAGAGGUUUUAUACAAAAUUCAAUUUAACAAGGCAUAUUAGGACACAUACCGGAAAAGCUGUAAAAUUACACACACCGUAAAGUCUAUAGAAAUGCAACA